CUCAGCGCCAAUCGCCAGCGAAGCACAUUGAGAACCACCGCCUUCAUUGCCACUUCCAAAUUCCUCGCCCUCUCCACCCUUUUUCAACUCGAUCUCCCAAACCCUAAUUGACAAAAGCGAAGAGGUGAUGUCUGCUGGGUGCUACGGCGGCUACCUCAGAUCGAAUAGCCCCGUUGAUCCAACCAUGGUCGCGCAAGGAGUUCAUACGGACGGGCGCUUCCUCUUCACCUACGGUACGCUCAAGCGCGGUUUCUCCAACCAUUGCCUCAUCCAAGAUCUGAUCCGCGCCGGCGACGCCUCCUUCGUCGGCUCCUCCCUCACCGUCGGCCGUCUCCCCCUAGUCUGUGGCCCCUACCGCGUUCCUUUCCUCCUCAACUUCCCCGGCGAGGGCGAGCGCGUGGCCGGCGAGCUCUACGCCGUGUCGCCGCGCGGCCUCACCCGGAUGGACGAGCUCGAGGGCACCCUGCGCGGCCACUACGAGCGCCUCCCGAUCUCUGUCGCCGUCCUCGGAGAUCCCCACUCCGCGGAAGCGGAGGUGGCCGCCGAGGCGUACUACGCGCACCCGAGCUACGCUAGCGAGCUAUGGCGGCGCAAUGGCAAGAGGGGAUACAAGGUGUACUCGGAGAAGGAGGCCACGGGGUACGUGAAGCGGAUGGAUCGACCACAAGACAUCUCCUUCCUCGACCAGAUCCGCCUCUUCGUCGCCUCGUCCAGGUCUUAAUUGGAACGUACGGAUCAAGUAUGACACGGACGAUUACCACCUUGACUCAUAUCGAAGUGCUACGAGAGCAAAUUCAGGAGAUCGAGUAUUGCUUCUAUUUAUGGAGUUAGUAGACACAUUGAAUGACAAAAUAAAUUAUUCUGGAAACUCGAGCGGCAAGAGUUUCCAGUCUUAGACAAUUACAGGAUCUAGGCUUUGAUAGGUUCAUUGUCGGAGAAUCCCAAGGUGGUAGCAGACUAUAUAUGGGGGCUCCAUAAAGGACACGUCACAUAUUCAGAGUUAUGCGCGGAACUGCUUCACCAUAUGGAUGAAGAGGAUCUUGAAGAGCCUGAAGAGAAUCCUAAAGAGUUUGAGGAAGAUCCAGAAGAGGAUCCGAUUGUGGAUCUGAUGGAAAAUCCUGAAGUUGUCCCAUCUGUUAGUUAGAGUCCUA